CUACUACUACUACUACUACUACUACUACUACUACUACUACUACUACUACUACUACUUAGGAUCACGUUUCCCAGCCGAUCUUCUGGCCGCAUCGAGGCUCGCGUCCGCACCAGUUCUCGCUGCCCCGAUUCGAGCGCCGUAGACUGCCAAGAGCACUUGGGCGCCAUGGCGAGCAAGACACCAGCGUCACAAGGCAGCGCCCAGCAGCAGAAAAAGAAGCGUCACAAACAGCAGCAGCAUCCCAUGAUGAAGAGCAACAAGGCACCCGAUAAAAGCCAAACAAGAGAGAAGCUACCACUGCCAGACCAACAGGCGUCGUCAUCGACAGCACCUCGUGAUCGAGCGAAGAAAACGUUGGUGGCCAUCGUCAUACUCUUGCCGCUUGGCUUUAUCAUCGUGAUUAUUAGCGUGACGUUGCUCGUUAGGUGGUUUUACACUCUCAAGGUUGGCACGUGCACUACGCCCGGAUGCAUAGAGCACGCAAAGGCGCUCAGAAACGCCAUGAACUCCUCGGUCCAGCCGUGCUCCGACUUCUACAGCUUCUCGUGCGGCUCGUGGAAGCCCGUCGGUCGCCACCGUUCCAUGAUCGAACAGAUUUUUGCCCGCUCGUUCCGCAUCGCGGUCGAGGAGCUGGAGAGGAACGCCAACGACUCCGACCUUCCCAUUGCGCAGCUGUACUUCCAAAGCUGCCUGGCCGAACGCUCAGACACUUCGUUGAAGGAGGAGGUCCGCAAAUUCGCGCAGUUCAAGCGAGAUCUCGGCCUCUUGUGGCCCGAAGAAUGGCCCGAGAAAAGCAAUGUGUCCGUGCCCCCGCUCAAGGUGCUGAUAAAUCUGACCGUUAACUGGAACGUCAACUUGAUCUUCAACGUACGCGCCAUGCCAGGGUACAAGGGCCGGCCCAGGGCACUCUUCAUCCAGCGAGGACGGGUGAAUCCCAAAUGGUCGCUUGAGGCGGCCGAAAUGACCCGGUCGAUCAAAGAACACUGCGACUACUUAGAAGCCCCUGCGCCUACGCCGGAACAGUUGAAGGAGGUAACGGAUGCGUACCAAGCUGUGGUCAAUGCAACCCUGAGCUUCACGCCAGAACCUAGUGAUGAGAAGAAGACGGUGUUGAAGGAUAUUGACGAACAUACGAAGUCCAAGAAAGACAAGUGGCAGCUAUAUCUGAACGAGAUGUACUCUCCCGAUUUCAAUUGGCAACCCGACGACGUCGUGUUAGUCCAGCAUCCCGACAUACUCGAACACCUCCGCACAUUGCUGGACGGAAACACGGACCAGUCGCUCCGGUUGGGGAUCGCGUGGGUGCUUCUCCGCAUGAACCUCUGGACAAUCGUCGGAAAUCCGCGUCUUCGUUACAAAGGCUCUGAUAUCGAGCUCGCAGUGAGAAGAAAAACUGCCUGCCUUUUUCACGUGGCAGCCACAUUCGGCCUGGUUGUCGCGACCCGUCACCUGCGCGCACGCUUUUCACAACAAGUACGCGGGCACUUGGGUUCCGUCUUCGAAAAUGUCAAAUCCCAGUACCAAAGAGACUUCGCCGACGCGACAUGGAUCGAUGACUCGGUCAAGACAAAGCUGAGAGCCAAGAUGUCCGAAAGCUUAGACCUCGACUCUCUGCCCGGCAGCGCAUUCUUCUCCAACUUUACCACCGGGCCAUUAUACAAGGAUUUCCCGAAGGAGUCGGCUGGCUCGUUUUUCGACAACUUCGUCAACAUUGCCAAGGCUUUUCGCAAGAAGCUGGCGUCGGACGAAUUCAUCACCACCUUCUCCAAAAGGUUGGGCGAUGGUCAUGUGGCCACUUCGUACAGCUACUAUUACAACAGCGUCUACUUUGCAGUCGGGGCGCUCGAGGCGCCGCUCUUCCACGUCGACGGCAUCUUCGCCAUCACAUACGGCUCGCUGGGGACCUUGCUGGCCAGUUCCAUGGCUCGGGCGUUCGACAAACGAGGCAUCAAGUACGACAAAGGAGAGGAAUCUCUUUGGUGGAGCUCGGGCCGUGACGCCUACGACGAGCGCUUUAAGUGCGACCUCAAAGGGGGCGCGUCUCGCUCCGGCCACGACGCCGCUCCCACCAGCCCGCUGUUCUUGUCCGUGCUGGGCUUGAGGGCCUCGUACGCAGCGUACCGCGCGGCCAUCAAGGCCACGCGCACAUUGGACAUCUUCCGGCUCAAGGGUCUGGAGACGUACACUGACGACCAAGUGUUCUUCAUGACGUACUGCCUCAUGACUUGCGCCAAGGGCAGCACCGGCGACGACUGCAACGUGCCGGUUCGCCAGUCGGACAAGUUCGCCUACGCCUUCCAGUGCGCUGACGACACGCCCAUGAACCCCAGCAAGAAGUGCAUACGAGCAGUUGUCUCCAUGGCUUACAGGUCGGGCCCAAGGCAUGAUGAAAGCUCCAAGGUGCACCACAAGCACCGGAAGAUGUCCCAGUCCGCCUCGAGCCAUUCAUCACGGUCUUCCAAGGCGACCUCGACGGCCUCUUCCUCACAAACCAAACACAAUGACUUCCGCUUCUACCACACGCGUGGGGCAGAAGACCGGUCACUGCGUGACGAGAUGCGUCGGCUCCGCAACCAUAAACUACCCACCGUCUGUAUGCGAGCUCGGGAGUUCAUGGACAAAGCUGAUGCUACGGGCCAACUGUCCGUGGCUAUGCUCAAUGUACAGAGCCUCAACGCACACCACCUGGAUGUUACCGGCGACAACGAUCGAGACAGCAAGACUGGUGAUCGAGAUGCCUUGCCAACAACGCAAUCGUCACGACGGCAGAGCAGCUCUUCACGUAUACACUCGCGCAAGGGAAACCCGCACACCGCCAUCGCGUUGUUCCUGGCAGCGCUGGCUGUGGCCGGUGGCGUGCUGCUCAUCAGCAGAUGGCUGGCCUACGAACCCGUCGUGGGCUUCUGUGAAACUCCCGAUUGCCGGAAACACGUCGAAGAGCUGAAGGCCGCCAUAGACCUCAGAGUCGAUCCGUGCACAGACUUCUACAAGUUCGCCUGCGGUUCCUGGAAGCCCUCGGGCAAGGAGAAAUCCCUGCUAGCUCGCGUCUUCGCCUCGUCGGCCGCCACAGCGAUGGAGGAGAUGCAGGCAGAUCCGCAGCUUUCCGUGGUGCCGACGGCACCCCAGUACUACCAGAGCUGCAUCGGGGCCCGCACUGAUUUAGACAGCGAGCUGGAGAUCUUCAAGAAUUUUAAGCACGACCUAGGCCUCGACUGGCCCGAAAAGGAGCAGAACGGCGUGGUCGAUCCGUUGACGCUGCUGCUGAACUUGAGCAUAAACUGGAACUUUCACGUGUUCUUUAACCUGCGAGCCAUGCCGGUGUACAGAAGGAGAAGCCAGACGCUGUACAUGAGGCGCGGCUUAAUGUCACCCAAAUGGCAGGACCUGAGCGAACCGCGAAAGUGGACGGCGAACGUCCGGGAACACUGCAGACAUCUGAAGGCCAACCUUCCGAGCAGCGCCUACGCGGAACUGGAAGCGGUGGUCAAGGAUCUCAUGAACGCCGCCAUCAGCGUCCCGCCGGAUGCCACCAACGACACCAAGUUUACGCUGAACGACAUCGAGCACUUCAUACAGCCCUCUUCGAGCUGGUGGCGGGACCGGUUGAACGAACUCCAUGGGCCCCAGUUCAGGUGGACGCUGUACAGUCCAGUGGCGCUCGAGGACGCCACCAUCCUCCAGAAACUCGACCGCCUGGUGAAAAACUACGCAGAAAAAAGGGCGUCUCUGCUUACCGGGUUAGCAUGGGUGUUUGUCCGGCAGAACUUGUGGCUGAUCGCCGGAAAGCCGGAGCUGAUCCUCGAGGUCGACGCCUCUGCGCUCCGUAUGGCCAUGAAGAAGGCCUGCCUCAACUACGUGCAGUCGUAUUUCGGGCUGCUCAUCUCGGCCAGACACAUAUACGAGCGCUACAACUCUACCGUCCGCGCCUCGCUGCAACGAUUUUACGACUUCAUCAAGAUGGAGGUGAGGCAGCAGUUCCGCGGCAGCCGUUGGAUCGAGGAGACGGUCACGGCGAAGGCGAUCGCCAAGCUGGACGAGCUGAGCUUCAACGCGAUGCCCGACGACCGCUUCUUCUCGAAGAUCGAUUUGAACCAGCUGUACAAGAACUUCCCCAGGAUCCGCGGCCAGUUCGUGGAGAACUUCAUCGCCAUAGCCAAGGCGUAUCGCCAGGUCAUCGGCGAGGACAGCUUCAUCACCAUCUUCUCGAAGCGGCUCGGAGGCGGCGACGCGAGUCGCUACAACUAUUACUACAACAUCGCCUACGUGGCGCUGGGCGCCAUGGAGCCGCCGAUUCUGUACAGCGAAGGCACGCCGGCCAUGCAGUACGGGUCGCUGGGCCUGAUGUUGGCGCAGUGCAUGGUGCGCUCGUUCGACGGCCGCGGCGCGUUCGUCAACAAGGGUGGCGACAACGAGGCAUGGUGGGGGGCGUCGGAGGAGUACCAGAAGCGCGUCAACUGCGACUUCUUGUACGGGCAGGGUGGCCCGAGCGGCGGGCCUGGCUCGCGGCGCCAGUCAGUGCUGUUCCCGCUGGUGACCGGGCUGGCCGUCACGUACGCCGCGUACCGAAGCGAAGUAACGUUGCAGUACCAGAGCAAGUACGCCGUCGACGAGCUUCGUCUGCGGGGCCUGGACAACUUCUCGGAAGACCAGCUGUUCUUCCUGACCUACUGCCUGACCACCUGCGCUGCCAACAGCAGUGGCGAAGCGUGCAAUGUGCCCCUCAGGCACUCGCUCAACUUUGCCGCCGCUUUCCGCUGCACGUUGAAUAGCCCGAUGAACCCAUCGAAAAAGUGCCGGUUUUUCGAUUGA